CUUUAACGUUGUAAGAAUAAGUUUGUUCUAAUAGAAAGUGUAACGAUACACUAUUAUUAAUGAAGAUAAAAUUCUUACAUGACUAAGGCUAGAACUUGAUUAUCAGAUUAAAAUAAUAACAAUAAUAAUAAGAUUGCUGUUUUUGAUUUAGGUAAAAAAAAAAAGAAACCACAAUGUUUGGAGGCCAUGAUUGAAACCGCUGGGGCUUCUAAUGAGACUCCUCGGCAUCAUUUACGGAACCGUGAUAUGGCGGUAAUCUUAAACUUCAGAGAUAUUCUUUUUAGGCUGAGUGAAGAAGGCAAAAGGCCCAAAGGACUUUAUAGGGUGAAGAUAAUUCCCACCAUCAACACCAAUUGAAAGGAGAGCCUCAUUAGCUAGUAGAUGCUGGUCACCCAAAAAAAAAAAAAAGCAACAGAUUCUGUAUAGUUACC